UAUUGGCCCAUCUUGUUGUCAGUUAAUUUUGGCAGCUCACAGACAGCACAGCGCCCAGAGGGGGGCAAGAAGACUGCUCAAAGAUAAGCCUGAUAGUCCACACGAAGGAACAAGGAGACCUCAAUUGCUAUGCUGGACUCUCAUCAGAAUGGAAGAGAAUCAAACUCACGUGAAGCUCAGUGCAGAGAAACUAAUACCCAAGUCUGACAUGCUGUCGUUGCUUCGCACUUACAACUGCUACCAUGAAGGCAAGAACUUCCAGCUGAGGGCUCGUGAGGAGGAGGAGGGGGAACUCAUCCUGGAGGGUUUGCUGAACAUCCACUGGGGUCUGCAUCGACCAAUCAGACUUCAAAUGUACGAUGACAACGAAAGACUGCGUCUCAACCGGUAUGACAGGAACAAUACAUCUAUAAUUGCAAAGCAACGAUCAACAGAGUCGAACAACAACUCACUGAGCAGGGAAAAUGGACCAGCAGGGAUGGGUGUGGAUGGGGUGCAGGAGGAGGAGGAGUCUCCACAGCUACUGAGGACCAGAAGUGACGCAUCCUACAUGCAAGUCCAGAGGAGGUCAAGGACAAACACCGCCAGAAACCUGCAGCGUUUACGCACACACAGGUUCUCUAUCAACGGGCACUUCUACAACCACAAGACAUCUGUGUUCACUCCGGCCUUUGGUUCAGUCACUAACGUGCGAGUUAACAGCGCCAUGACGACGGUACAGGUCCUUAACAUGCUGCUACAAAAGUUUAGGGUGGAAAAUAAAUCAGAGGAGUUUGUCCUUUACAUGGUCCACGAGUCUGGCGAGCGGACCAAGUUGAGGGAUGGUGAAUACCCGCUGGUGACCCGUGUGCUUCACGGACCCUGCGAGAUGAUCUCCAAAAUUUUCAUCAUGGAGGCUGACUUGGGAGAGGAAGUCACCUACGAUGUUGCCCAGUACAUCAAGUUUGAGAUUCCAGUUUUGGACAGCUUUGUGGAGAAGCUAAAAGAGGAAGAGGAGCGGGAGAUAAACAAACUGACAAAAAAAUACAUCGCUCUGAGGUCAAUGAUUGUCCAUCAGCUGGAGGGCAAAACUCACUCCUGUGACCCAGUAUAAGUGUGUCUGUAUGUGUGUGUGUGUGCGCGCGUGUGUGUGUGACACUAUUUAUAUAUUCACAAUUUGUAUGACGCAUUCUUACAUCUUUCGAUUUGUACAUGCAGUUUGGUAAUAUAACAAAACUGUUAUGUUUUCUACAACUUUUCUGUAAUAAAUCAACUGUAUGGCCUUAAA